AGUACUUGUGGCUUCAUACAUUACAUUUUCAAAGGWGCGUGCAAUGACGAAGAUCACUCUUCUUUAGCCCGACAUGUCUAAUUCAUGUAAAUAGGGCCUAAACUGAAAACGGUUGGCUAUCAUUUCCAUUUUACAUCAGGAGGAUAUGCACGAGAUUGCUGAUAACAGCAGGAUUUCAUCUGUACAGUAUUUGAGGCCUAUUGGCACGUUUUGUAUUGGCCCCUGAAUGUUCUGUUGCACUGGAGUGUAUUUCGUUUCCAUCGUCUCGAAUUUACAUGGCUGCAGGAAUGCUUUCCAGUUCUCGCUUUCCAGUUCUCGCUUUCCAUCAAGAAUAGAACUGUUGCCAAUUUAUAGAACUGUCGUUAACAGGAAUACUGCUGGCAGAACCCGUGACGCUUCCUGUCUGUUAUUUAAAUUUUUAUGUGCUGCCUAUCUGCCACCAAACCUUUUAUCUCUUGCUCAUCCUCUUCUCACGUCUGCUCGGACGCUGCGCUAUUACCAACGUCUAGAUGUGUCAUUACGUGUUAUUAGAAAACCAGUCAUCUCGAGUGCACGAGCCAGACUGGAUUGAAUUACUUCGACCGUCGCUGCUUGGUAAAUGUGGCUUUGGAAUGUAUGAAAAGCGCGCUCUGAUUCUGUGUAGCACUUGCUCGAUGACGUACUACGACUACUCUGAUCUGUCAGGGUCUAGUGGUUGCGACUGUGUUGAGAGGCGGUGUUGCGCACAAUCAGGGAUAUUUGGCCAGCAUUUAGAAGACACCGUCCAGUAUGAGACGAAAUUUGGGCACCGCCUGGCACCUCUUCUGGUGGAGCAGUGUGUGGACUUCAUAAAGGAACGAGGUCUGGAUGAGGAGGGCCUCUUUCGAAUGCCAGGGCAGGCUAACCUGGUAAAGGAUCUACAGGAAGCCUUUGACUGUGGGGAUAAGCCUCUGUUUGACAGUAACACUGACGUCCACACGGUGGCAUCCCUGCUGAAGCUCUACCUCCGUGAACUGCCUGAGCCUGUGGUCCCUUUCUCCAAGUAUGAGGACUUCCUCUCCUGUGCUCAGCUGCUGGCCAAAGACGUGGAGGAGGGUGUACAGGAGCUGGGCAAGCAAGUGAGCAAUCUUCCUCCCGCCAACUACAAUCUCCUGAAGUAUAUAUGCAUGUUUCUUGACGAGGUCCAGUCUCACGCAAACAAAAACAAGAUGAGUGUACAGAACCUGGCCACAGUAUUUGGACCAAAUAUCCUCCGACCCAAAAUGGAGGACCCAGUGGCUAUUAUGGAAGGGACCUCCCUAGUCCAAAGCCUCAUGACCGUACUGAUCAGUGAACAUAACCGUCUGUACUCGGGGAGGGGGGAGCUGGAGGUCCCUGUUCCCCAGCCAGAGGUGACCCUCCAGGGCCAACGGCUCCAGCAGCACAGCAUCGGUGGCUGGAUCUCUGAGGAGGACCUCCAGAACUGCCCCACCAACCCCAACGAGGACCUCGCCUGCAGCAGCGCCUCUUCUCUGGACGCAAAGCUCUGUGCUGCCACCACCCCUCCACCUAGACUAGCUCCUUCAGGGAAGGGGGAGACGGUGGUCAGCCCCAGCAAGCAGACCAAGAACCUUCCCUCCUGGAAGUACUCUUUCAAGGGCACCUCAACGCCACGGCCCCCUCCUCAGGUCGACGUCACCACUGUGUCCCCCAGUGGCAACUGGCUGAUGAACGGGCUGUCCUCUCUGAGGAGCCACAGGCGCACCUCCUCGGGGGAGCGUGUCAGGGACUCCACUGGCUUUUCCCAGAGACUGUCCACUUACGACAACGUCACAUCUUCCUCCAGCAUGGGCAGUGGCCCUAGUGUAGCCAGCACGCCUUGGUCUACCUCCUCCUGUGACAUCUCCGCAUCCGACUCAGGCAGCGAGCCCUCAGGGCCUAACUGUGGUAAUGGGAAGGGUCUAGAGGAGUGCCAAUGGCAGGAGCUAGCCUCACCCCAGGGCCCGGGCCAGGGUCAGARGGGAGGCCGGGUGGAGGAGAGAGUUGGAGAUAGGGUCUCAGAGCAAGAGCAGGACAGUAGUGAAGCCAUGGAACUGUGUGUUAGCAGUGCAGGCUGCAGUGACAACGGGAACACCAUAGCCAAUAUGGUGGUGCCGUCCAUCGUGACGCCAGAAGACCAUGAUGGAGGCUCCAAAGCACUUACCAGCCUGGUGGAGGGUCUGAAGGAUGAGCUGAGGAAACAGAAGGUGGCCUACGAGACCAGGAUCAAAAAGCUGGAGGAGUCCAGUGCGGCGCUGUGUGCUCAGAUGGAGCGUCUGGAGCAGGAGAUGGAGCAGGAGAGAAAAAAGCAGCGGAUGCUGGAGAUCAAGCUCCGCAACUCAGAGCGAGCCCGUCACGACGCAGAGAACAGGAACCGGCUCCUGGAGAAGGAAAUGGAGGACUUCUUCUCCACUCUGGGGGACCUGGCUCUGGGAGCAAGGACUAGUGACAUUUAAUAGCCCUGGUUAUAGACCUCUAUAGUCUCUUCCCACAGCCGAGUGCCAUGAGUCUGGCAAGCAAGACUGACAACUACAUGGACUCAGUGAAUAAUACUGCAUGUUGUCCAWCGCAGGCAGCUGCGUCUCUCAAUGUUUCCUCAGGCCUCAAAGUGUGCCUAUGACUACCAUGAGUAUCUAUCUGGAUGGAAUUCCGUGUCGUUUGGUGACAAAGCCUCGGUCCUUGGUUUACUCUGGUCAACUCUGUCAGUAUACUUUUAAUGUAAAGCAAAGGGUUUCAACUGCUACCAUUAUGACUAUACAAUAAUCCCUGCUGUGUUAAUCAUAUGCUGCCUACAACAGUACACAAUAUGCAAAUACAACAUUACCAAAGCUGGACUCUGCUAAGGACCAGGGUUGAAGCCGCCAUGUUGGUUUGGGGCACAUGAAGCUGUCUACUGCCCUCAAAGGAACAAUGAAGAAGUGUGCUGGCUGUGCCUUUGCAGUCUUUUYGAAUUCGAUAAAAGAAAAUGUUGCGUGCUUGUCCAGAGGUGUAGUUAGUCAAUUACUGUCAAUAAUACUCACAUGGUACAUGUAUUGCUUAACUUUWUCACUACUCCAAAUUUGUUGAAGAGCCACAUGUCAUCCUCAGAGUCACUUGCAGUAUGAUGACAAUCGUGGAGGUGCUUAAAGAUGGUGGCCCCCAUGUACUUGCCRCAAAUACCUCGUUUGAUAAGUUCGCUGUAUUGCUCUCCUGUACUCCAGUGUUGUCGUUAGCACAGUAUACAUGAUCCCAAUUCUAGCUCCAAGAMGCCGGCGAUUUAAAAACAAAGUAUAAUGUUCUGAUUUAUUGGCGUGUUGAACCAUGUCGCAGGCUGUAGUUUAAAAAUCCAGUCUAUAGUGGUAAAACAAUGAAGUCAAACCUGAAUUCUGACAUCUUUAUGCACCGCCAUUAAUUGAACAUUUUGAAAAAUGGUGUAUACUUUAGUGAAUGUAACUGUGUUGUUGAUCAAGCCAGCCCUGUAAAUUGAGCCUAAACUAAUUCUUAAAACAUUGAUAUAGAUUUGAAUGGAUAACAAUUAUAUACAUUUCCCAGAACAUUCUCAUGUGAGCGUUGCAUGUGGUGAAACUGUUGAUAGAAUCCCCUUUUUCAGCAAAUGAUUACUGCUACUGCAUAGAAAUGUCUUGAGGCUUGAACACGAAACAUGAUUUGGUUCUUGAAGACCACUAUAAGCAGUAUAAUAAUGUGCAUUCAUUAAGGUAAUGUGACUAUUUUUUGUUUUUACAUUUUAUACAGACUCUKUUCAUAUGCUAAUGUUUACAAGGUGGUGUUUUGAAAGACGACCGUUAUAGACAAGCGUCUAGUGUUCGCCCUGUCGAUGAUUGCAGUUGAAAUGUGUAUCUCUUAAAACAAACUUAGGCUGAAUGUUUCUUAUGUCUUUGAUUAAGAUUUAAGUUGCUUAUUUAUUAUGAAUCUACACACUUGUAAUGAAUGGCAUUAUGGCAAUAUGAGUAAAUAAAGAUGACAGGUGUCAUUUCGUGACUGAUACCUUA